UUUAUUCAUGAAAUAGAUAGCUCCACCUGCAAACAGUAACUGACAUCCGUUUGAGAUAAGAGAAAAGUAUAAAAAGUUUCAGGGUUUCCUAGUUGUUUACUUUUGUAAUUGUCACUGAUGGCUGCCAGCGUCGGAGUUAUGGAGAUGAUCUUUGGAUUGUUGCUGUUGUCCUUGGUGGCCGUCGGGAGAAACAGAGUAAUUGCCAAGGAAACUGAAACUGAAGAUGAAACUUAUAGAGAAGAAGAAGUAGACGACUCUGAAAAACUUCCCAUUCAACUAGACCACCUCACUGAGUAUUUAUUUGAUCACCUAAAACGAUUCCCUGUGAGGCAAAAAUUCCAAAUUGGAGGCUUGACAGAUCCAGCUAAACCAUCUGGGGAUGGCAACUUUCCAUCGGGGAACUCUGCAGAGCCAACCGUCGAGUCAAACUUCCAAAUCAAGAUCCCAGUCAGUUCCAUGAAACAACUCCUUAUGAACACCAACCCAAAAAUCUUCUUUCAGGCGCCAGGAGGUCCCACGAAACCCUUCGCUUUGCCCAAUUAUCUUUUUGAAAAUCCAUCGAGACCCAUGAACCCAAUGCCUAUGCCGGUGGAGCCCAAAUACCCUAUUGGGGGACCAGUAGAUCAGAUGAAACCAAUGCCUAUGCCCAUGCCCGUGGAGCCCAAAUACCCUAUUGGGGGACCUGUAAGUCCCAUGAGGCCAAACCCUUUUCCAAUGGAGCCCAAAUACCCAAUUGGGGGUCCUGUAGGUCCCAUGAAACCAAUGCCAAUGCCUGUGGAGCCCAAAUAUCCAAUUGGUGGACCAAUAGGUCAGAUGAAACCAAUGCCUAUGCCCGUGGAGCCCAAUUACCCAAUUGGGGGCCCUGUUGGUCCCAUGAAACCUAUGCCUAUGCCUGUGGAGCCCAAAUACCCCAUUGGGGGCCCUGUUGGUCCCAUGAAACCUAUGCCUGUGGAGCCAUUGUAUCCAAUUGGGGGUCCAGUAGGUCAAAGGAACCAAAACCCUUUCCCUAUGGAGCCAAAAUACCCCAAUAGGGGCCCUGUAGGUCCCAUGCCAAGACCUUUGCCCUUGCAGUCUGACGACACUCCAGCAGGACCCCCAUACAAAGACAUGGACUUCAUGCCUUCCUUCCAGAUGCCUCAGGCCUCCCAGUCUAUGAGCUUCGACAGGACGUCAUACCAGGAACCUAUGUCAGACUUUUACAUGUGGUUUUGCAAAAUAGGUGAUCGGUUAAAAGAACCACAACAGGUACCCCAGAGCCAACAACAGUGGAGAAUGCCUUAUUAACAGGUCCAAUGGUGAAGGAGCAGAUCAGCUGUAUAUUUUUUUGCCAAAAUAAAAUUUUUAUUCUGAGA